CGGGUCGCCCUUCCGCCUCCCCGAGGGCUCCUGAGGGUAGGGGCGCGACCGCGGCCGCUGGCGCAGUUGGGCCCUCCGAGUAGGGGGUGCAGCCGGCGGCCCGGCGGGGUCGGGCAAUGCCUCCGGGGCGCCAUGGACCCGCGGCAGGGGUAUCCCCUCCACAGAUAUCACCCGCAUCAGGCUCAAGGCUAUGAAUACAGCAAGCUCGCUUACCAGCAGCGGGACCCAGGAUCUGCCAUUCAUUGUUUCCGGCGCCAGCAAAUAGAGUUUCUCAAGGGAUUGCUCCCGGAAGUGCCCUUGACUGGAAAGCAGACACCGUCACUGCUGCCAUUCCCCCCAGGGCUCCGGCCAAGGUUUCCAGGACUACCUGCCAGAGAUAGGCAACCAGAGAUCUGGGGUGUCCCCAGGGACGUGCCUGUCAGAAGGAGGGGGCUCCAGAGAGGGGUCCAGCACUCUUCGCCGCGUGGCAGGGUUCUGCCCUGCAAAGGUGUUGACAGGCUUGCCUCACAUUUCCAGGAUCUCAGUAUCAACCAGGAUCAGGAGCAGAGGAUCUUAGGGCUCUUGGAGGAGCUCAGGGAAGGGGAGGCUGUCUCAGCAAAAUAUCUGGCUGGGAAGCUCCGAGUCCCAAAGAAGGGAGUCAACCAAGCUCUGUACUCCCUGGCAAAGAGGGGUAAGCUGCGGCAGGAGGCAGGAAACCCCCCUCUGUGGAGCCUCGCGGUUUCAGUUCCGGCCGAAAACCAGCACAGCACAGCAGGCUUGGAACCAGCGCAAGAGGAUCCAGAUCACUGUAGCCAGGGGACCGCAGAGUCAGACCACAGUUUGGAAGCUGAAGAUAGAAACUUCACAUCUGGCUUAGAAGACUCUCCUGAGCCUCUGGACAUGGCCGAGAUCAAGGAGAAAAUCUGCAACUACUUGUUCAAAGUGUCUAACUCCUCCGCCCUAAAUGUGGCCAAAAAUAUUGGCUUCAGCAAGGCCCGAGAUGUAAAUGCGGUGCUGAUUGAUUUGGAAAGGCAGGGGGAUGUCUACAGGCAGGGGGCAACCCCUCCCAUAUGGUAUCUGACAGACAAGAAGCGAGAGAGGAUGCAGAUCAAGAGAAACACAAACAGCGUCCCCGAAACCGCUCCAGCGGCCGUCCCUGCCACCAAAAGAAACACAGAGCUCCCCGCUUGCAACUUACCCAGGUCCGAUGCCGCGAAUAACAUGGUCACAGAAAAAGUGGAGAAUGGGCAAGAGCCUGCCAUAAAGUUAGAAAGUAGGCAGGAGGCCAGGCCAGAACCAGCGAGGCCAAAACCGCCCGUUUAUCACAAUGGCCCCUCCAAAGCAGGGUAUGUUGACUUUGAAAAUGGCCAGUGGGCCACAGAUGACAUCCCAGAUAAUUUGAAUAGUAUCCACGCAGCGCCAGGUGAGUUUCGAGCCAUCAUGGAGAUGCCCUCCUUCUACAGUCAUGGCUUGCCACGGUGUUCACCCUACAAGAAGCUGACAGAGUGCCAGCUGAAGAACCCCAUCAGUGGGCUGUUAGAGUACGCUCAGUUUGCCAGCCAGACCUGUGAGUUCAACCUGAUAGAACAGAGCGGACCACCCCACGAGCCUCGGUUUAAAUUCCAGGUUGUCAUCAGUGGCCGAGAGUUCCCCCCAGCUGAGGCUGGCAGCAAGAAAGUGGCCAAGCAGGAUGCAGCCAUGAAAGCCAUGACUAUUCUGCUCCAAGAAGCCAAAGCCAAAGACAGUGGAAAAUCAGAGGACUCGUCCUGCUCUUCUGCGGAGAAAGACUCGGAGAAGGCUGCAGAGCCUCAGCCCAGUGCUCCUUCAGCAGUACCCCUGUUUUCUGGGAAGAGUCCUGUCACUACGUUGCUUGAGUGUGUGCACAAACUGGGGAGCUCCUGUGAAUUCCGUCUCCUGUCUAAAGAAGGCCCUGCCCAUGACCCCAAGUUCCAGUACUGUGUUGCAGUGGGUUCCCAGACUUUCCCCACUGCAAGUGCCCCCAGCAAGAAAGUGGCAAAGCAGAUGGCGGCGGAGGAAGCCAUGAAAGCCCUGCAGGAGGAGGCAGCCAACCCCACCGCCUCUGAUGACCAGUCCGGCAGUUCAAACACAGAGUCCCUUGAGGCCUUGGAGUCUGGCCUACCCAGCAAAGUGCGGAAGGUCGGGGAGCUCGUCAGGUACCUGAACACCAACCCCGUGGGCGGCCUGCUGGAAUAUGCCCGCUCCCAUGGCUUUGCUGCAGAGUUCAAGUUGGUUGACCAGUCCGGACCUCCUCAUGAGCCCAAGUUUGUUUACCAAGCAAAAGUUGGAGGUCGCUGGUUCCCAGCCGUCUGCGCACACAGCAAGAAGCAAGGCAAACAGGAAGCAGCAGAUGCGGCUCUCCGUGUCUUGAUUGGGGAGAACGAGAAGGCAGAACGCAUGGGUUUCACAGAGGUAACCCCAGUGACAGGGGCCAGUCUCAGAAGAACUAUGCUCCUCCUCUCCAGGUCCCCAGAGGCACAGCCAAAGACACUUCCUCUCACCGGCAGCACGUUCCACGACCAGAUCGCCAUGCUGAGCCACCGGUGCUUCAACGCUCUCACCAACAGCUUCCAGCCCUCCCUGCUGGGUCGCAAGAUCCUGGCUGCCAUCAUUAUGAAGAAGGACUCUGAUGAUAUGGGUGUCGUCGUCAGCCUGGGGACUGGGAAUCGCUGUGUGAAAGGAGACUCUCUCAGCCUGAAGGGAGAGACGGUCAAUGACUGCCACGCCGAAAUCAUCUCCCGGAGAGGCUUCAUCAGGUUUCUCUACAGCGAGUUAAUGAAGUACAACCCCCAGACUGCGAAGGAAAGUAUAUUUGAGCCUGCUAGGGGAGGAGAAAAGCUCCAGAUAAAAAAGACGGUUUCAUUUCAUCUCUAUAUCAGCACUGCUCCCUGUGGGGACGGCGCGCUCUUCGACAAGUCCUGCAGUGACCGUAAUGUGGAGAGUACAGAUUCUCGCCACUACCCCGUCUUUGAGAAUCCCAAGCAAGGCAAGCUCCGCACCAAGGUGGAGAACGGUGAAGGCACAAUCCCUGUGGAAUCCAGUGACAUUGUGCCCACGUGGGAUGGCAUCCGACUUGGGGAGAGGCUCCGAACCAUGUCUUGUAGUGACAAAAUCCUGCGCUGGAAUGUGCUGGGCCUGCAGGGAGCCCUGCUGACCCACUUCCUGCAGCCCGUGUAUCUCAAGUCUGUCACACUUGGUUACCUUUUCAGCCAAGGGCACCUGACCCGCGCCAUCUGCUGCCGUAUGACAAGAGAUGGAAGUGCAUUUGAGGAGGGACUGCGGAAGCCCUUCAUUGUCAACCAUCCCAAGGUUGGCCGAGUCAGUGUCUAUGACUCCAAAAGGCAGUCCGGCAAGACCAAGGAGACGAGCGUCAACUGGUGUCUGGCUGAUGGCUACGAGCUAGAGAUCCUGGACGGAACCAGAGGCACCGUGGACGGGCCACGGAAUGAACUGUCCCGGGUCUCCAAAAAGAAUAUUUUUCUUCUAUUUAAGAAGCUCUGCUCCUUCCGCUACCGCAGAGAUUUACUGAAACUCUCCUAUGGUGAGGCCAAGAAAGCUGCCCGUGACUACGAGACGGCCAAGAACUACUUCAAAAAGAGCCUGAAGGACAUGGGCUACGGGAACUGGAUAAGCAAGCCCCAGGAGGAAAAGAACUUUUACCUCUGCCCGGUACCCAGUGACUGAUGUAUUGGUGGGGGGGAGUCUUUGAAGUGGGGUGAGAGAGGUAGGUCGUAGCAUUCCUUAUCACAUUGGUCAAGGGUUUGGGGCUUUUUGUUUUUUUAUCCUUUUUUUUUUUAAAUAGUACCAUAAUUGGUGAUACUGAGAACUUUGGGUUCCCAUUUAACCUGCUUUUUUGGGGAUUGCUAGGUGGAGUCUAGCCAGGCCCCUUCUUUUUUCCCAGAUGAAGAGGCAGAAUCCUAUGGGGAGAGAAGAGGGAGCUGUCUCUCCGUGCACAGUGUGACCGGUCACUGAGCGCCUGCAGUCCACUGCCUCCUAGAUUCGUUUUAGGUGUUUUCCUUUUCCUUUCUGUUUGCUACACUGACCUCUUGUGGUCUUGAUUAGGUUCUAAUCAAUUCUCCAUAAAUCGUGUCAGGGACUGAUAAUCUCAUUUAUCGAUUCAGCACCCCCCCCCGAGAUUCCUUCCUUGUGAUCAUGAAGUUUCUCCUCCCCACCCCCAAGGGUGCAGGGGGGGAUGGAAGAAACCUACUUUCUCAUCCAUCCAAGUGCUUUCAUUUUGCCAUGAUGAAAUUUGCCAAAUUCUGAUGGCUUCAGAACUUGGUCAUGGGCAAACACAGAUCUGAGCUCUUCCUGCCUACUGGGGGUCUUUCUGGAGUCGACCCACAAGGAGGUACCUGUAGACGCCGCGAGGUGGGAUCCUCUGUCCACACUUCCACUCACCACCAACUCACGGGCGGGGCCUUUGGCCUUUCUGUGGAGCGCAGCUUUGGGGCCAGGCGGGCCCAGCGUGCGCCGCGGGAUGCAGAGACACUGCCUUCUCUGGCUGGGCCUGCUCCUUGCUGUAGAGGCGCUGCACCCAGGACCUCCUCCCCCUCACCCAGCACACCGCCCAGCUUGGCCUGCCCCCCCUCCUCCACAGCGGAGCCAUUCGCAGCCCCACUUUUCGUUCUUGGGGCUCCUAUAGCCUCUGUACUUUUGACCAAAAGUGGACCCUACUAGGCAAACCUGAGUUUGGGAAACACCAAGGAUGUCUUUAUAGCACACCCAGACUUCCCAAGGAGCCGGCAGGAAAACGGGGCCUGAGGGCGUGUCCGCGUGGCAGGGCGGGGAGGCUGCUCCCCUGGGCUCCCCGCGCAGGGUCUCCCUGCCGGUGCAUUGACGUGGUGGCCGCUGCUGCGUCUCGGGCAUUAGAAUCUCCGGCAGAGCUGUCUCAGCCGCCUCCUGUUCGCCGCGAGCUGGGGGCCCUCAGGAAACCAGAGCCCAUGCCCUCCCCUCUGUCUCCAGCGACCCCGGGGGCAUCUGGUUUCCGGCGUGGGAGGAGCCGCAGCCCCGCCGCACCCCCACCUCCGCCCCCCAUCACACAGGACGGAGGAGGCUCCACCCCGUGUUCUCAUCUUUGUUUUUAAUCAGCAGGAUCCCGCCCCCACUUUCUUUUUAAUGAUUUCUGUAGCUGACUCGUCUGAACUGUGGCUGUUGUGCAUUCUUUGAAUAAUCACUUGUAAAAAGUGUCCAUGCUUGAAGCUAUUUCCUUUACUCGAGCUGAGGGGACUUUGUUGGUUUUGGGGUCUUGGCAGUGACUCCCAGAACAGAGCGGGGAAGAGCCCAGCACAGGCUUGGGUGCCAUGAUGGCUGCAGCCCGGUUUUAUGGUUCCGCUUUUAUGUGAUCCUUGAUAACAGUGACUAACAAUAUACAUUCCUCCUAAAUAAAAGAGAAAAGAAUCUA